GCUAAGUUUCCCUUCCGCAGCCGAUUUCCCUCUCCAACAACUGGUGCUCGCCGGAAUCGUUUGCCGCCAUGGGGAGAAGGCCAGCAAGGUGUUACCGUCAGAUCAAGAACAAGCCGUACCCGAAAUCCCGCUUCUGCCGUGGUGUCCCUGACCCCAAGAUUAGGAUCUACGAUGUCGGGAUGAAGAAGAAGGGAGUCGAUGAGUUCCCCUUCUGCGUCCACUUGGUGUCGUGGGAGAAGGAGAAUGUUUCCAGCGAGGCUCUCGAGGCUGCCCGUAUCGCAUGUAACAAGUACAUGACCAAGACGGCAGGCAAAGACGCCUUCCAUUUGAGGGUCCGUGUCCACCCGUUCCAUGUCCUGCGUAUCAACAAGAUGCUUUCGUGUGCUGGAGCUGAUAGGCUCCAGACUGGUAUGAGGGGCGCCUUCGGUAAGCCCCAAGGCGUCUGCGCCAGGGUGGCGAUUGGGCAGGUUCUCCUGUCGGUUCGCUGCAAGGACAACAACAGCAAUCAUGCUCAGGAGGCUCUUCGACGUGCCAAGUUCAAGUUCCCUGGUCGUCAGAAGAUCAUUGUCAGCAGAAAAUGGGGGUUCACUAAGUUCAAUCGUGCUGACUAUGUGAGAUUGAAGCAAGAGCAGAGGAUUUUGCCUGAUGGUGUCAAUGCUAAGCUUCUUGGAUGCCAUGGACCAUUGGCGAAAAGGUUGCCUGGACAAGCGUUCUUGACGUCUGCUGUCAAUGCUUAGAACUGUGUUUUCCCUCUUCCAUAGCAGUUAAUAUUCCCGGUGUUCUCUGCAUUUUGUGUUGGGUUGAAUUCGUUUUGCCCUUUGUUAUAUCAGGAUCUACAAAACGUUUGUUUAUUGUUUAUCACCAUGCAACUUUGUACUUCUAGUUCCGUUCUCACCCUACUAUGGAACAUAUUCACCUUGUUUUUCAAUAUUCACAUCCGUUUUGUUCAUCUUUUUAAUUCGUCGUUGGUCCUUUCAUGGCUUCCAAUUGAGUAUCGUUAAUCUUGGUGCUCUUUGCCAUUUACAUCACCAAAGUACAAUUUUUGUUUCGACAAUAGCUAAAAAAUUAAUAUAUGAUCUCUAUAAAAUAAACGAACAUUUUGAUGUCUUCUUUACGAGAAAUUAUCAUUCAAUUUCGUCAUUUUACGAAAACAAUCCUUCGUGUCAAAAAGAUGACAAUGCUUGCUCACUAAAGAUUGUCUAAUUCAAUUUCUUCAUUUCACGAAAACAAUCCUUCGUGUCAAAAAGAUGACAAUGCUUGCUCACUAAAGAUUGUCAUGGUGAACAACCGUUUGUGUUCAAACCUAACAAAACAGAAAAUAAGCAAUGGGUCGGGUUUUGCCAAACCCAAACUCAUGGGUUUAUUCGUGAAAAAAACCCGGGGUAAAACCCACUGAGUUUGAAAAACUCAAACCCAACCCAACCCGUUGGGUAUCCGGGGGUUCAUGGGUACCCACGGGUUCUUUGUCGUAAAAAAUACAAUAACAACUUCCUAUCAAAAUUAAAACCAAAUAUCAAUCUCUCAAUACAAAUUAUUCAUACAUAAAACACCAUUCUAGAAAUUCAAGCAAAUCACAAAUUAAUUAUAAAAAUUGUUCAACACCAAUCUAGAAAACUCAAAAAAAUUGAAGCAAAUCAUAAAUAACAUGAUUAAUUGAAACUUCUUCCUUUCAAUUAAGUUUCUUCACUCUCCACUCGAUAACAUCAACUUCGUUCUACACAAUUAGAAAGAAAAAUUAGACAUGUAUGUCCCCACAAACAUAAAUAAGAUUAGUUGUUUAGAAUAUUAAAUAUACCGAGAAAAUUAAUUAUAUGGGUGUGAGCGGGUACCUAUGGGUCAGGUUUACCUAAAUCCAAACCCAACCCAACCCGAUGAAUAGUGAACGGGUUAAAACCCAAACCCGGCCCAAAACCCGUCAACACGAAUUUUACUCGCGUUGAUCGGGUUGGGUCGGGUGGGUACCCAUGGGUUCGGGUUUUGUUGUCAUCCCUAACCAGAUGACUUAGUAAUGGACCUAAUUGGAGAAUAAGUAAACAUAUUGGGC